AUGGGUUCACAGGGUGGUAUUGAAGAAAUGACUAGGAGAGAGGGAAUAACCAAAACAAAGUUCAUCAGCUUAACAGGCCCAGGCGUGGCCAUCACAAGAAGAGAUGUCUUCCGGAGAUGGGUGGACAGAAGUUUCUGGAUUUUAGCUUUAUUUGUCCUGUUCGAUGUCAAAUCUUCAGCAGAUUCUCAGCUAUGUGAACCUUGUGGACCCCAAGGACCUCCAGGACCCAGGGGUCCUCCAGGGCUACUUGGUUUAGCAGGACCCCCACGUGUAACAGGACCAAGAGGUAUACCUGGGGUGCCUGGAGCAGUUGAGAAAUGCCCAUGUCUACCUCAAUCUGCCUUUUCUGUCAAGCUGAGUGGGCAUCUCCCAGGACCCUCCCAGCCCAUUGUCUUCCAGGAAGUUCUGUACAACCGUCAGGGCCACUUUGACCUGGCCACUGGAGUGUUCACCUGCAGCGUUCCCGGUGUGUACCACUUUGGCUUUGACAUUGCAUUGUUUCAGAAUGCUGUCAAGGUGAGUCUCAUGUGGAAUGGCAUCCAGGUCUGGGACAAAUGAGCAGAGGCCAAGGACAGCCGUGAGCAAGCUUCAGGAAGUUCCAUCUUGCAGCUGGAGAAAGGGGACAGGGUCUGGCUGGAGUCUAAGCUGGACAAAGAAGAAUCUGAAAAAGGAACUACUCACACUGUGUUUUAUGGGUUUUUGCUCAGUGGAAAUUAGGACAGCUAGGGGUAACUGCAUGAUUCUCUCCCUCAUGUAACACUGAAUUUAAGAAAAGAAGCCUUCUACUCUUCUCAUUCCACAUAGUUCUUCUAGGAUGAAGAGCUCACAAAAUCAGUAAUGACCAAGUUGAACAAAAUGAAUGUAUUACCAAUCGCUGAAACCAAUGAAGACUCAUGGUUCAUCAAUUUGUCAAUAAUUUCUUAUUUGUGAUUCCCAAAAUUCAAGAUCCUAGGUGGCAAAAAUGUGGGGAGGGGCAUCCCUGGCAGUUCAGUGGUUAAGACUUCACCUUCCAAUGCAGGGGGUGCGGG